UUGUGUUGUUUGGUGGUGGCGGCGGCGGCGGCGGGGGGGGGGGGGGGGGGGGGGGUGGGGGGUGGUGGUGGUGUUGGUGGUGGUGGUGGUGGUGGUGGUGGUGGUGGUGGUGGUGGUGGUGGUGGUGGUGGUGGUGGUGGUGGUGGUGGUGGUGGUGGUGGUGGUGGUGGUGGUGGUGGUGGUGGUGGUGGUGGUGGUGGUGGUGGUGGUGGUGGUGGUGGUGGUGGUGGUGGUGGUGGUGGUGGUGGUGGUGGUGGUGGUGGUGGUGGUGGUGGUGGUGGUGGUGGUGGUGGUGGUGGUGGUGGUGGUGGUGGUGGUGGUGGUGGUGGUGGUGAUGGUGGUGGUGGUGGUGGUGGUGG